UUUUCAUUCCUUUUCAUAGCUAUUAUUUAGGUCGAACGAAACCCUUCCAACAAAAUUAUUAUAUGUCACCUUUACUUUUUGUUUUCUUUUUCUUGUCUCUUUUGUUACAUAUCAUGGCUCAAGAUCCUUCAUCACCGUCCAUGCCUGUAGCAACAACAGCAUUUAAUCCUAAUGAUGGCAAUGUGACCUCACAACCUGAACAAAGCUGGAUUCUACGCGAUCACCAUUAUGUGAUUAUCAUUGUCAUUGUCCUUGUUAUUGUCGGUCUUGUUCUGUAUUAUAUCGUCCGUAGUGUCCGUGGUAUGCGAAAACGAUUGGCUCGUGAAAAUGAACAACAAUUACAAAUGAUCAAUCAAGUUCGUCAACCUUACUCACCUAUCAAUGAAACCGUCAUGAUGGAUGGUUACAGCAAAUAUCCUCAACAACAACAACAACAACAUCAACAUCAACAUCGAUAUUAGUUUCUUUUUGUGAUGUCCAUAAUAAACAACAUACAUAUAUUCAUUUCCUUUCG